GAGCGUUCCUUCCGGUCUAGAAAGAAAAGCGGGGAGAAGGGACGUGCGGGAUGUUUUACCACAUCUCCCUGGAACAUGAAAUCCUGCUGCAUCCACGGUAUUUUGGGCCCAGUCUUCUCAACACAGUUAAGCAGAAACUGUUCACUGAGGUGGAAGGAACCUGCACAGGAAAAUAUGGCUUUGUCAUUGCGGUUACAACCAUUGACAACAUUGGUGCGGGUGUGAUCCAGCCUGGUCGGGGCUUUGUGCUGUAUCCAGUCAAAUACAAGGCCAUUGUCUUUAGGCCUUUCAAAGGGGAGGUUGUUGAUGCGGUUGUCACGCAAGUGAACAAGGUAAGGUGGCGGUAAGAGGGAAAUUCGGCA